UCUUAGAAGAAACUAUUGUUUUUACAAGUUACCAAUAAAUUGUUGUAAAAUAUUGGCGAUUUUGUUAAGUGUGUGGAAAUAAAUUAAAAUUAAUGAAAAUACUAAAACCGAACUGGGUGCAUCAUGACGAUAAACCAAUAUUUUCUGUGGAUAUUCAUCAAGAAUGCCAAAAAUUUGCAACUGGCGGGCAAGGCAUGGAUUCCGGCCGUGUCGUGAUAUGGAAUCUUUUGCCUGUACUCUCGGAAAAAAUCGAACUGGAUAAUAGCGUACCCAAGAUUUUGUGUCAAAUGGAUAAUCAUUUAGCAUGUGUCAACUGUGUACGCUGGUCACAAAAUGGACAAUUGCUUGCGUCUGGUUCAGACGACAAACUUGUCAUGAUAUGGCGCAGAUCAAUGGGCUCCAGCGGCGGUUUUGACAGUGGUGGCAUGCAUAAAAACGUUGAAACGUGGAAAUGCGCUUUCACACUGCGUGGACAUUCUGGCGAUGUGCUUGAUUUGGCAUGGUCCCCGCAUGACCGUUGGCUUGCUAGCUGUAGCGUAGACAACUCCAUUAUCAUUUGGGAUGUACACGCCUUACCAGCUAUGGUAGCUAAUCUUAAAGGUCAUACCGGUCUUGUGAAAGGUGUUGCAUGGGAUCCGAUAAGUAAAUAUAUUGCUUCGCAGAGUGAUGAUCGCAGUGUUAAAAUAUGGAAUACACAUGACUGGACAUGCAGUAAAACAAUUAAAGAGCCUUUCGAAGAAUGUGGCGGCACAACACAUAUACUACGUCUUUCAUGGUCACCAGAUGGUCAGUAUCUGGUUUCUGCACAUGCGAUGAAUGGUGGUGGCCCUACUGCACAAAUAAUAGAGCGAGAAGGUUGGAAAUGUGAUAAAGAUUUCGUUGGACAUCGCAAAGCAGUUACCUGCGUACGAUUUAAUAACUCGAUACUAAAACGGGAAGCAACAAAAUGCAAUAAAUCACAGCAAUAUUGCUGUUUAGCUGUAGGUUCACGCGACCGUUCAUUAUCGGUUUGGAUGACAGCGCUACAGCGUCCUUUAAUUGUUGUGCAUGAAUUAUUUAACGACAGUAUUUUAGAUUUGUCUUGGGGUCCAGAAAAAUGUGUACUGAUGGCUUGCAGUGGUGAUGGUACAAUUGCUUGUUUACAAUUUUCUGAAGUUGAGUUAGGGGAACCAUUAUCUGAAGAGAAUAAGAAUUCUCUAUAUAAACGUAUUUAUGGUAAGGCAGUUCAUUUUGAAAAUGGUGGGAAUUGCAAUGUUGAUAUGUUAAUUGAAAAUCCUGACCUGUUUAACUCAUCACGUGUAAAAAUAAAAGCUCCAACACUGCCAACAUUCACAGUACCGAAUCAAAGUAGUAUUUUUGACACAACAACUUCACUGCCAGCCGUUAAUGGCUUCUCCAAUACAUCUGUCAUACAACCGAAUAGUUCAUCAAGCCAUACAACACCCAUUAAAAAACAAACAGAAACAAUUACUGCCGAUGGUAAAAGACGUAUAACGCCGAUAUUUAUACCUGUUAAUCAUGAUAUGUGUAAAAUUGAUUCAACGCCACAACUACAGAGCUCAUCACAGUCAAUGACCAUGGAUGUUGACAUGCUCAAGACUAGUAACAAUUCACUUGAAAACGAUUUCAUUAAUAUUAAUGAAAAAAUAACAAAUGCAACACCGCCACCCGUAGAGAAUGAUGAAGGUAGUUUGGAUCCACGACUGACAAAAAAUUAUAAUAUUUCAAGGAUUUUACCUCUACAAACGUGUAAAAACGUGGUACAAACGUUCCCUAAUGUUUCCAAAAAAACCGCAACUCCAGAAGGACCAACAUUAUUACCAGCUCCAAUGAACCAAGCUUCCAGUGCUGCCCCAAAGCUACAAAUUACAGCAAACUCAACUGUAGAAUUUCAAAAGACUGUCCUGGAUCAUCGCGUACAUGUGCGUAAUGGUCAUACACAAACAGCCACUGGAUUUUUAUGCAAAGUCACCGCCUACGCAGUUAAACUGGGAAAAGUAUUAUGGGAAAUAUUUGUGGGUUCGCCCGUUAUGAAUUUGAAUUUUUGUUCCAAGUAUGUAAUGCUUUGUAGUUUGGAUGGUACAAUGCGGUUAUUAUCUAUGCCCACAGGAAUUUCAGUAUUUCCUAUAAUAACUUUAUCCACAGCAGCUACACAAUGCGCUUUUUGUCCAAAUGGCAAAUUAGUUGGUGUUGUAACUGAUACUGGCAUAUUACGCAUCUGGGAUAUUGAAAAUGAAUCUGUAGUAUUAGCAACAACAUGCGCAGAAGUAUGUAGCAAGUUUGGUAAAAUAACACAAUUUCAUAUUACCGAACAUGGUAUACCUAUGCUGUUAUUCGGGAAUGGUAACUCAUACUCAUAUUCACAAAAAAUGCAAUCGUGGCUUGUGUUGAACACAAAGGAUCCUAUUAUGCGUCAUGGAUUUCAGACAACCAUUCCUAGAGAAUUUAACAAAAACUAUAUCUCUUACCCGCUUACAUCGAUACAAGCAUCAACUAGCAGCUUCGCAGCGAUGGGAAAUGCGAUUGAUUUUAAUGCACAUAUUUGGCAGCCUAGCGCCAAGGUUUGUUUUAUUGAAAAUCAAAUUAAAUUGUGUGAGGCAAUAAAUUCGCCAGAAGAACUGCGCCAUUGGUAUUUGAUGCUUGCAUAUCAUUUGCUCUUAAGUAACAAUGAAAAUCGUCUAAGGAUAUUGUUGAAUGACUUGCUUGGACCAUUUAGUCGUGCCUUUUGGGCAAAACAUCCAACAACUGAGCAUAAAAUAUUGAAUGUUCCAAAGCAUUCACUUCUUGAAAGCAUAUUAAAUUUAAUGAAGCAUGACCCCAAAUGCCAACGUCUAUAUCUCGAGUACCAAGAAUUGUAUCAAACUUUAAAGCAUAAUGUAAUGAGGAAAUCGAGUGAAAACAAUUUUGCAGAGAGGCGGAACAGUAACACGCAUGAUCUAGUCUCAAACUAAAGUUAGUAUUUGCAGUAACUUUACUAAUUAGAAGAAAGGUUUGUGCAUAAGGAUUCCAUAGCCGGCAUUAGUUUUUAAGACGUUUCCGUUUAAUUGUAGUUGUCGAUCUUUAUUAUUAAUUUUACAAUAUUUUAAGUAUUCGUAUAUAAUAUUAAAUUUAUAAAA